CACAUGCCUUAUCACUGGUAUGAGCAGGAGACAAACAGAUCAAUAGGCACUACUUUCACCAGUAUAAUGGAGAAGUUACAGUCACAGUCAGAACAUGAGGAGGAAAUGUCAUUUGAACAAAAGAUUUCUCGACAUUUCAGCACAGAUGGGCAUAUGCGCUUUCACCAUCAAGCAUUUGGACAAGGUCUGUUUACAAAGGAGGUAGAUCUACAUUUCCACCCCACCGACGGGUUAUACUGAGUCUGGGCCUGCUGAAUGCUGUUCUGCUCAUAGCUGCUGUUGUCAUUGGGAUUUACUGUAAGUAUGAGAGUUCACAGGAAGCUGCCUAUGGCCUAUCUGUUGGUUGAUGUACUAUACAGGUAUGUGCUUCCGCUGGGGGCCAUUUAACAGCUUUUUUUUUUUUUAAACAGAAGUGUGCAUAUCAACGUCUGCGGCAGAUUUGAUGUGUAUCUCGAUAUGCGCUGAAUGAUUUGAUACAUAUUUUGGUCUGUAAAAUGUCAAAAAAUAAAUACAAAUUACCAUCACAAGUUCCCAGAACCAAAGGUGACAUCUUCAGGUUGCUUGUUCUGUGCUUGUUUUGUCUGAAUAUCAGUUCUGAAACCAAAGGUACUCAGUUUACAAUCAUAUAAGACAAAAUGUUCACAUUUCCGAGACUGGAGUCAGCAAAUUGAAUUGAUUAUCAAAACUGUUGCAGAUUAAUUUGCUGCUGAUCAAAUAAACGAUUAAUUGUUUAAGCUCUAUAUCAUAAAAUGCGAUUUAAGACAGUGUGAGUAUGACAGUCCAAGGUGCUGAUCAGACUGUGCUCCCAUGGAGCAUGAAGGUGGUCACAGUUGUGCGACAGACAUUUUUAAUUAGAGUAAGUGUCUACAACCGCACUAGCAGUUCUGUGACACUGUACAUAGGCACUGCUGUGCUUUGAGCUAAGUGCCGACUUUGGCAUGCUCACAUCCACACAACGCUAACACACUUAUCUUAAGCAGGUAUAAUUUUUACCAUGUCCACCAUCUUAGUUCAAUGUGUUAGCAUGCUAAUAUUUGCUAAUUAGCACUAAACACAAAGUGCAGCUAUGGAUGAAGGGAAUGUCAUCAAUUUUGUAGGUAUCUGGUCAUAGACCAAAGAAGUUUCACAAAUGAAAACACCCUCUAGGAAUAAUGAAGGUCUUUAGAGAAUUACCUUGUGUUUGUUUGAGUUGAUGUUGAAAUAUUUCAUUGAGUAAGUGAAAUGGGGGUGCUAGAGUCAAAGUCAAAGUCAAAGUCAGAGUCAGAGUCAAAGUCAGAGUCAAAGUCAGAGUCAAAGUCACGUCCUCACAGGAUUGGUCCUGUAAGGACCUUUAAUGCCUGCCUGAAAUUUCAUGGCAAUCCAACAGCUGUUGAGAUAUUUCAGUCUGGACCAAAGUGGUGGACUGUCCAAUUGACAUGUUGAUAGCAAAGCAAAAAGAAUUUACCUUGACUUCACACACAAUUUUGCAACAGUUCCUCCUUCUGUUUGUUAUCACAAGUUUUUAUGUCUCAGGUGCCAAAGCCAAAGACCUUCAGAUUCCUUAUUCAGUUCUCCACAAUAGCAGUGAUAUCAUCAGAGCUAAUCUGGAGGCCCAGGCAGCAUUAAAGCGAGAGCGCACCAGCCACCUGCAACUAAAGCUGCUGGUGAAGCAUAGGAAGACUGUCACCGAUGGCCUUCAGAGACAGAUGGAGAGUCUACAGACAGAGAAGACAAAUCUAAAGAUUAACAGAACUACUUUAGAGGAAAGCUGUGGCAGAUGCCUACCAGGAUGGAUUCUUCUUGAAUCAUCCUGCUAUUUUUUUUCUCACCCUGUGUCCCAUUCCAAGAAGAACUGGGCGGAUAGCAGAGCAUACUGUAUUAGUCAAGGCGGCGACCUACUUGUAAUCAAUAACUCGGAGGAGCAGCAACGUAUGAGUGACAACUUUCCAAAGGUGAGCAGCAGCAGUAUGUGGUGGCAGAACGGCCUCUGGAUCGGACUCACUGAUGUAGCUAUGGAAGGAACAUGGGUGUGGGUUAACAAUGUGACUGAAUUUAAAACAAUGUACUGGAGACCUGGACAGCCUAACCGAAGUGGACCUCAGAGCGGGAACUGUGCUGCUUUUUAUUUUUAUUCUGGUAGCAGGGGGACAUGGUAUAAUGGAAACUGCCAUGACCAUCAGUUGAGGUGGAUAUGUGAGAUGGAGCCAAACUAGCCAUGACGUCUCUCAAGUAGAAAUCACAACAGGACAGAUCAUUUGUGUCUAAGCAAAAUUGUUAAAAUAAACUAACUGCAGUGCGAUGGUGUCCAUAUUGUAUGUGAUCAUUUUAAAGGUUUUACACUUCUUCAGGCAUAUGUGGAAUGACAACAGACAACUGUCUUCGCAGCUGGUACACAGUAGGUGCCCUGCAGCGACAGACAAUUUUUCUUCAGUUAUGUUUUUAGUAGAAAAAAGCAAAAAUGGUAAAAAUAUGGCAGGACAGUGCAACCAAAGAAACACGGGAGACUACGCGCAAGCACGCACGCACGCACACACUUGCUCUUAGUACCAUUUCACCAACUUGUGGAUUCCCACAGAAGUCCAUACCCAUAGCUGAAAACCAAAAGAAUAACGGAGCUGACUGAUGAGUAGAUCCUGGUGAUUUAUAUAUGUUGAUUGAAAUAAAUCAUACUUAGCUAAUUGAAACAAAAAGUGACACCUAAAGAAUUGUGUCUCAUAAAUGCAAUAAGUUAGCAAACAUUUUCGUUUAGGUGAUCAGAAAAUGACACAGCUUUAUCAAAUUACCUUCCUGUAAAUGUUUAACACAUGAGCUUGAUUCUCUGUUUGUAAUGUUGCACACAGGUACGGGGCAACGUCCUGACGAAUAAUCUCUCGGGGGCAAUCAC